GAAGCAGACGAACAGCGCGCGCGCGCGUCUGCUACGGCGGCUCGCAGACGACGACGCGGUUUUCGGGUGCGCCAUCGACGUGCGGUCCGGGCACCGUUCCGCGAUUACUUUCGGCUAUGGAUGUCUCUGGUGAAUUCGGGGUCCGCGUCGCAAACCCGGCAACAGCGGAAACUUGACGCAAACGCCCGCGAGAGGACGACGGUGUGAGGUGUGUGACCCCGGGACGGACACAACGGCAUGGGCGUGAGACCGGGCCCUCUGCUUGCGGUCUGGUUUGGGCUCGUCUGCUUCUCGUACCGGCCCGCGCACUGCAGUUGGUGGCUGCUGGGCAUGCCGAGCACGUACCAGAAUAUGCUGACGCUGAAGGCGUCAGCCCACUCGGAGAACUGCCACAAGCUCCGCUACCAGGUGAAGGAGAACCGGGACCUGUGCGUGCUCAGCCACCGGGCGCUGCAAACGGUGAGCCGCGGCGCCAAGCUGGGCAUCGACGAGUGCCAGUUCCAGUUCAGGGACAGCCGGUGGAACUGCACCACCUUCCACAACAUACCAUCCGUCUUCGGCGGAGUGCUCAACGUCAUGAGCCGCGAAAAGGCGUACGUGUACGGCGUGUCGGCCGCCGGCGUGGCGUACAGCAUCACGCGGGCCUGCAGCAAGGGCGAGCUGAACGAGUGCGGCUGCGACAGCGCCAUCCGGCAGCGCAAGCCGCGCGGCUCCUGGGAGUGGGGCGGCUGCUCGGACGACAUCGGCUUCGGCGCCCAGUUCAGCCGCAAGUUCGUGGACGCCGGCGAGGACCCGGCCACGGCGUCGGGACUCAUGAACCUGCACAACAACGAGGCCGGCCGGCGCACGCUGCGCCGCAGCAUGGAGACCGUGUGCAAGUGCCACGGCGUGUCCGGCUCGUGCUCGGUGCGCGUGUGCUGGCGCCGGCUGAAGCCGUUCCGCGCCGUGGGCGACGCGCUGUCGGUCAAGUUCGACGGCGCCACGCACGUGCACAUGACGCGCGCCGGGACCAGGGCGGGCGGCCGCAAGCGCCGGCCCCGGCUCCGGCCCGUGCUCAGGGACGUCAAGAAGCCCGGCAAGAAGGACCUCGUCUACCUCGAGGAGUCGCCCGACUACUGCACGCGCAACGAGACGCUAGCCGUGCUGGGCACCACCGGUCGCUCGUGCAACAACACCAGCUACGGAAUGGACGGCUGCCGGCUGCUGUGCUGCGGCCGCGGCUACCAGACGGUGGUGCGCGAGGUGGACGAGAAGUGCCACUGCAAGUUCGUCUGGUGCUGCAAGGUGCAGUGCCAGACGUGCAGGGUCACCAAAGAGGAACACUUCUGCAAGUGAAAACUGCGCGCGUCUCUUCCUCCUCAGCCUCUGCGGGGCGGCUCUAGUCCCUGGCACGCACCCGCCGCCACCGCCGCCGCCAACCGCGCCGCAUACACGAGCGAGGCAACAAAAGCCAGCCACACGGACGCGCGGGAACACAAGAAGGGGGAGAGCGCCUUGUCGCAUGCGUCGCACUCGGUAAAGCCAGCGUACUAGGCGGAAGCGCAUCCGCGAAAGAAGCGAACGGUUCCAUGUCGACUGCUGGAGCGACCAAUCUGGACUAUCCUCACGCGUUGGAAUGUGGCCUGGCCUGACGCUGAAGAUAUGAAGUGAUCCGCAGACGGGCGGGCAGCAGUUCGAACUGCAUGAGUGAACGUACGAUGGUUAAGCUAGGUUUGUCAGGCACUGGCAAAGCAUGAGCGAUUUACUAUACAGGCAUACACACUUCCUGUCUGGAGCGUCCGAUCAGUUUGUUUUGAAGCAGGGAAAGCGACGAUUUAGUUUGAUUGCUAGGCUUAGGCCGACACUGCGCGCUAUGGUAGUCGCAACAGCACUGAAGCCAUAUAGUUUUUAUUCCUGUAUACCAAACUUAGCGUCGCUUGACCGCUCCAGACGUAAGUGUGGACGUCUGUACACGCAAAUCGUUCAUUCGUAGGUAAGAGAAAGUAGGGGACCCAGCACGAGGUACGGCAAAGCGGCAAAAUUACGGCUUACGAGGCUAUCAUGGCAUUGCCUCCUGGACGACCUCCAGUAUUGCAGGGAACAGUCUUCGUCAAAAAGUAGAGAGCACCGUGCUUAAGAUCAGCGCUCUCGUUGGGCGGUGUUGUAGGUUCCCUGUGGUCAUCCUCCUGCGCUAUACGGUGGGGUGAAUAGCUUUUUUUUUCUCCCUCCUAUAGAAUUACAUGGCACUGCAACAGAAGCCAAACCACACGGCCUAGUGGCGUACAGCUGCAGUCACGCUUACAGUAGCGCCUGUACAGCGUUAACAGAGCCGCUAUCCAGAGGACAACCUUCCUCCCUCUGUGGCUGGGAGCAGUGGAGGCUCGCUUCAAAUGCUGAGUGGUGUAGAUGUGAACGUUGUCUUUAGAACCGAGUCAACUCUGUAUGAAAGAGCGCAACUUAAAGGAGCACCGAAAGACAGCGUUUAGAUCAAUCUGAAGUGAUAGAUGAUUGCUAAAAAAUGCCCAGUGUAUCUUUUACCGAGAACAGAGCAUUCGUAUAAUCGAAGGAACUGCGUAAAGGUCGGGCAGGAGGAUCGGCACCACCGCUGUAAAAUUGCUGGACCACAUCGCGGUGACAUUGUGUGUCCUUUUAAUGAUUGCGUUAGAACAUAUAAGAAAAUAUAGUUUGGAAAAUUUUAUUGAUCUCCCCCGCAAAAGAAAGUCUGCGCUGCGCCGACAUUCGAGCGACGUACCUUUACCGGCCUUCACUGACGAUCCGCUGUGCUAAGUUGCGGUUUUCUUAUCGACUACGUCGUCAUUUAGCCGACAGAAAAUGCAGCGACACCCUCGGAAUGAUAGUCUAUCAGUGUUUAAGGGCAGACCAGAACGGUAUGCUACCUUUUCGUAACGUUAUGUUCACCCUUUCGUCGGGUAAAGAAAUCCAGCUUAUAGGCCGAUAAAGCGAAGGCUGAAGCUUCCUUCAUUGGUGCAAGUUGGGCUUGUUGGUGACUUGUAAGGGCAUCAAACGUAACGCUUUGAAAACGAGGACAGACAAGGAACUACAAACAGUUGAUCUAGUCCAGUGUGUCCAGUUCCUCGUUUGUACUUCACUGCAACGCCAUCUCUUCUUUGAAUUUCGCCAACAGACCAUAUUGCCUACACGGCUUCAGCCUGCAGUCACAAAUAUUGCGGCACUUUCACGUGUUUGAGUUAUUUUGGUGUAGAAACGGCCUCAAACAUUGCAAUGUUGUGUUUCCUUUCAUCUUUUGUGCAAGUUAUCCCUUAAGGAAUUCAGUCAGCUCCGUAAUUAAACAAACUCUAUAUCGUCGGCCAGACGUAGCCACAGGAUAUGACGUCACAGGAGCUGGCGCGAAAAUUACAAGGUGGCAUCACCACCUGUAUCUUGUUUUAUAUAGUUUUCUGAAAUGCGAAGUCUCUGUUCUCUGUAAAAGUUGUCUAUUCGGUACUCAGGAGGAACAAUUUAGCAAUUUAACUUUAUCCCCCUUUUAAUAUUCCACCUAAUACUCGCAAAGUUCCUUCCAAGCUCUCGCUCGCGGCUUCAGGGGCUCACGCCGUCUAAGCGAAAAUCUGUUACGUCAGGCUGUUGCUCACUGUGUUUGGUAGGUUGGUUUGCUUUCUGUAGGAUACACCGCGACAACUCUGGCAAGGCACGCGCGCGGGAAAGGUGGUGUCGCAAACGCUUAUGCACAAGGAAUCGUGUCUAGACUAUCGUUUUAAAGUGUUUUCUUUGCAGAAGCCCAGCGAGAAAUCAUGCUUUAUGUACAUAAUUUCCUGCGAGAUCCGGUCUAUGGCUUCUAGAACUGACGGUGGCGCCAAUCGUGCCAUUCCCAAUGAGGAAGCUGAAGUGAACUGACGUAGAAGAUGGAAAGACGCCACCCAACUCCUGUCCAAUCGACCCUCACGGUACGCGAGUCGUCACCUGCGAGAAAAGCAGCUUCACCCAGUGUGCGGCCAAGAAGGAACCCUCCACACAAAUACACACCGAACCGGUGAAGUCGCCGUGGGCGCCCUGGACACCGCCAUAGCCAUUUCUUCACUCCCUCUUCUUUCAUCUCGCGUGUGUGACAGUGCAUCGUGCAUGGACGCGCGCAUAAAUAAUGCAUUAGUCAAGACGCGGCCUGUUGCGCGGUUGUUUUGUUGCACGAACCCGUCUCCCAGCAACUUUCACCAGGAGAUCGUUCGGCCAUUGACAGCUGCCGUGGCAUACAGUAUACUCGGUGUUGCAGGACUGGAACAAUGAGUUUCUUUUUCUCUUUCUUUUCUUCCAUUUUGCCUGGCGGAAGAAAAAUCUGUCCGGAGCAUUUUUA